UUUUCUUUUUCUCUUCUUUCUACGUCUACGAUCCCAAUUUAUAACACACCACAAAAAGGGUUUAUUUUUCUUAUCUUCAUUUUGAUCAUUUCAAAAACCCCACAUGUCCACCCAUAUUUCCUCAAGUCUUUUUAUAAACAAACCAUUUUCUUGCUUCUGUUCUCAAAAAUAUAAGUCUAUAACCUUAAAAGUUAAAACCAAAAAAAAAAAAAAACUAAACUUAUGGAUGUGUCAAAUGAGACGGUGGAGACAACCGAUCUCCGGAGACCUUUAGUAAAUCCGGCAGACACAGAGGUGAAACCUCUUUCAGAGGUCGGGCUCGAGAGCGUGUUAACGGAGAGUAGCUUGUCGUACCGGAGGCGUGUGUACUUAGGAGCGUGUAUAGAGAUGAAAGUACUUUCCCGGUUGGCACUUCCGGCGAUACUUAUCUACUUAGUCAACUCCGGAAUGGGUAUCUCCGCUCGUAUCUUCGCCGGACAUGUUGGUAGUCAAGAACUCGCGGCCGCGUCCAUUGGAAACAGCUGCUUCAAUCUCGUCUAUGGACUUAUGGUACGGCCAAGUGAAACCACGAAUCUAGCCGAUCUCCGGCGACCAUUGGUGGUUCCAGUUGUCUCGGAGCGAAAACCUCCGGCGGACGUCGGACUAGAGAGUGUUUUAACGGAGCGUAACCUUCCGUACCGGAGGCGCGUAUACUUAGGAGCGUGCAUAGAGAUGAAACUACUUUUCCGGUUGGCACUUCCGGCGAUACUUGUCUAUUUAGUCAACAGCGGAAUGGGUAUUUCCGCUCGUAUCUUCGCCGGACAUCUCGGUAAAAAUGAGCUCGCCGCCGCGUCCAUCGCAAACAGCUGCUUCAGUCUCGUCUAUGGCCUCAUGUUAGGUAUGGGCAGUGCAGUCGAAACACUAUGUGGGCAAGCCUAUGGAGCCCAUCGUUACGAGAUGCUUGGGAUCUAUCUCCAAAGAGCAACAAUAGUCCUCGCUCUUGUUGGCUUGCCCAUGACAUUACUAUACACCUUCUCGUACCCGAUUCUAAUCCUACUAGGAGAGCCCAAAACGGUAUCGUACAUGGGAUCCAAGUACAUCGCCGGACUCAUUCCUCAAAUCUUCGCUUACGCCGUCAACUUCACGGCCCAAAAGUUCCUCCAGGCCCAAAGCGUGGUGGCCCCGAGCGCGUACAUCUCAGCCGCCGCUCUCAUCCUUCAGAUCUUGCUGACGUGGACCACCGUUUAUGUAAUGGACAUGGGUCUUAUGGGCAUAGCUUAUGUUCUUACUAUAUCUUGGUGGGUCAUUGUUGGAUCCCAGUGUUUUUACAUUGCAGUUAGUCCCAAGUUCAGACACACGUGGACUGGUCUUAGCUGGAGAUCGUUCCAAGGUCUUUGGAGCUUCUUUAAACUCUCUGCUGGCUCCGCCGUUAUGAUUUGUCUGGAAAUGUGGUACUCGCAGAUUCUUGUUCUUCUUGCUGGUUUGCUCAAAGAUCCUGCUCGGUCUCUAGAUUCUCUCUCCAUCUGUAUGUCGAUUUCAGCAUUAUCAUUCAUGGUCUCCGUUGGCUUUAAUGCAGCUGUAAGUGUACGAACAAGUAAUGAGCUUGGAGCAGGAAAUCCGAAAUCAGCAUUGUUCUCUACAUGGACCGCGACCUUUGUUUCCUUUGUGAUCUCCGUGACGGAGGCCCUCGCCGUGAUUUGGUUUCGUAAUUACGUUAGCUACAUUUUCACGUCAGAUGCUGACGUGGCUAAAGCCGUCUCUGACCUCUGUCCUUUUCUUGCCAUCACCAUCAUUCUCAACGGAAUCCAACCUGUCUUGUCCGGAGUGGCUGUGGGAUGUGGAUGGCAGACAUACGUGGCUUAUGUGAACGUUGGUUGUUACUAUGUUGUUGGUAUUCCUGUUGGGUGUAUUCUCGGCUUCACUUUCGAUUUUCAAGCCAAGGGAAUAUGGACCGGGAUGAUUGGAGGUACCCUCAUGCAAACACUCAUUUUACUUUAUGUCACGUACCGAACAGAUUGGGAUAAAGAGGUGGAAACAGCGAGAAAACGUUUGGAUAUGUGGGAGGACAAGAAGGAGCCUCUCCAAAGCUAGUAAGGGAUUAUACAAAAAUAUAAAUAUAUAUUGAAAUAGUUA